AUGACCUCGGAGCCCACGUCGCCCCCGGUCGUGCCCCCGCUCGACUCGCCCAAGUCCCCAGUCUGGCCCACCUUCCCCUUCCACCGGGAGGCCAGCCGGGUCUGGGAGCGGGGCGGCGUGGCCACCCGGGACCUGCCCAGCCCCCUGCCCACCAAGCGGACCAGGACGUAUUCGGCGACAGCCCGCGCCUCGGCCGGCCCCGUGUUCAAGGGCGUCUGCAAGCAGUUCUCCCGCUCACAGGGCCACGGCUUCAUCACCCCCGAGAACGGCUCUGAGGACAUCUUCGUGCACGUGUCUGACAUCGAGGGGGACUACGUCCCCGUGGAGGGCGACGAGGUGACCUACAAGAUGUGCCCCAUCCCCCCCAAGAACCAGAAGUUCCAGGCCGUGGAGGUGGUGCUCACCCAGCUGGUCCCGCACACGCCCCACGAGACGUGGUCCGGGCAGGUCGUGGGCUCCUAG